CUUUGAGAGAGUUUAAAGAGCUUGAACGAUGUUGUAUCAUCACCAAUCAUGCCCCCCAACUAACUUUUAUCCUCGAAAACCUCCGAAAGACAAACCAAACAGAAAUGGAAUCUAACGAAUUUCAAGCUCCUCUAAUUUCAAAGGUCUUCCACAACGAUGUCCACAACCGACCAUCAUCAUCCACUUCGAAUUCAAACUUUAGAAAUGAUCAGGAGGAGACGUCUGUUUCUGAUUCAUCGGAAAGCAAUUCACCGAUCGAGCAAGUCGCGCUUACGGUACCUAUCGAUGACGACCCGACGUUACCUGUCUUGACAUUCAGGAUGUGGGUCUUGGGUACCUUAGCCUGCGUGCUUCUAUCGUUCCUUAACCAAUUCUUUUGGUAUAGGAAAGAACCAUUGUCCAUCACUUCAAUUUCAGCUCAAAUUGCAGUUGUCCCGCUUGGUCACCUUAUGGCUUCUAUCAUCACUGAUCGGGUGUUCUUCAAAGGCAACAAAUGGGAAUUCACUCUUAAUCCGGGUCCGUUUAAUGUCAAAGAACAUGUCUUAAUUACUAUAUUUGCUAAUUCCGGAGCUGGAAAUGUUUAUGCUGUCCACAUUAUUACGGCUGUCAAGAUCUUUUACAAGAAGAAUUUGACAUUCUUUGUUUCUUUGAUCAUUGUUGUCACCACUCAGGUAUUGGGAUUUGGAUGGGCGGGAAUAUUCCGGCGCUACUUGGUGGAGCCAGCGGCUAUGUGGUGGCCACAGAAUCUUGUUCAGGUCUCUCUAUUCAGGUCUUUACAUGAGAAAGAGAAGAGGGGCAGGUGGUCUAAUUCUGGAGAAAGAAAAGGACUCACCCGCAAUCAGUUCUUCUUAAUUGCACUUGUCUGCAGCUUUGCCUACUACGUUUUUCCAGGAUACCUUUUUCCAAUGCUGACUUCCCUUUCCUGGAUCUGUUGGAUAUUUCCUAAUUCUAUCUUAGCCCAACAAAUUGGUUCCGGACUUCAUGGGCUUGGUGUUGGUGCUAUUGGACUUGAUUGGUCUUCUAUAUCUUCUUACUUGGGGAGCCCACUUGCUAGCCCAUGGUUUGCAACAGCUAACAUUGCAGUUGGUUUCGUACUUGUCAUGUAUGUCAUAACUCCAAUCACUUACUGGCUCAAUAUCUACCAGGCUAAGACCUUCCCAAUAUUCUCUGAUGGUCUCUUCACAUCAACUGGCCAAAAGUACAACAUCUCUGCAAUUGUAGACUCCAAUUUCCGCCUUGACGUUGAUGCAUAUGAGCGCAUAGGACCUCUCCGUAUUAGCACCUUCUUUGCCAUGGCUUAUGGUAUUUGCUUUGCGUGCCUUACUUCCACAAUUAUGCAUGUUCUCCUCUUUCAUGGCAGUGAAAUAUGGGGUUUGACCAAAGGGGCUAUGCAAGAGAAGAAUGUAGACAUUCACACGAGGCUAAUGAGGAGAUACAAGCAAGUCCCUGAAUGGUGGUUUGGGUGCAUUCUCUUGGUGAACAUCAUUGCCACAAUUGUUGCUUGCCAGUAUUACAAUGACCAACUCCAAUUUCCUUGGUGGGCUGUCUUGCUAGCAUGUGCCCUUGCCUUUUUCUUCACUCUUCCUAUUGGAGUAAUACGAGCCACCACGAAUCAGUCACCAGCCUUGAAUGUCAUAACAGAGUAUAUCAUUGGUUAUAUUUACCCGGAGCGCCCUGUUGCUAAUAUGUGCUUCAAGGUGUAUGGGUUCAUCAGUAUGAAACAGGGUCUUGCAUUUUUGGAAGACUUCAAACUUGGACACUACAUGAAAAUCCCCCCAAGAACAAUGUUCAUGGCUCAGGUCGUGGGAACUCUGGUAUCUGCAGUGGUUCACUUAGGAACAGCAUGGUGGGUCAUGGAAACAAUUCCUGAUAUUUGUGAUAGAGCAUUACUACCUGCAGGCAGCCCAUGGACUUGCCCAUCUGACCAUGUGUUUUAUGACGCAUCGGUUAUAUGGGGAUUGGUUGGGCCUCGGCGCAUAUUUGGAGAUCUGGGUUCAUAUUCAGCUAUCAACUGGUUCUUCUUAGCCGGUGCUGUAGCUCCUCUACUAGUUUGGCUAGCACACAAGGCCUUCCCUAGCCAGCAAUGGAUCCGACUCAUCACCAUGCCUGUGCUUCUAGGCGGCAUGGUAAACAUGCCCCCAGCUACCGCAGUAAAUUACACGAGCUGGAUCAUCGUUGCAUUCCUGAGUGGAUAUGUCGCAUAUAGGUACCAUCGUAAUUGGUGGAAGCGCCAUAAUUACGUCCUUUCUGGAGCACUUGAUGCUGGUCUAGCCUUCAUGGGCGUGUUGCUUCACGCAUUCCUUGGGUUGAACCGUAUCAGCCUCCAUUGGUGGGGUAGCGGCUCGGAUGGUUGUUCUUUAGCUUCUUGCCCUACUGCUCCAGGCGUUUUCAUCGAUCAUUGCCCAAUUCUUUAAUUGAUUCCGCUUGUAUUGUCUUUGACAAUCUCUUUCAUUUGUUUGUAAAAUGUUGUCAAAACGUGUAAUCAAAUAUCUGACUUUACCAUAACUUAAGCUAAAACACUGUGAAAAUUGUGAAUUUGCAUUGAGAGCAAUUGUUUGCAAA